GAGCUGGUACGGCUCGGCCGGCUCCCGGAUCCGCCGCAGCAGCCAAUGCCCUUCGUGGAGGCGCGUCCAGCAGCAGCUGUGCCCCCAAUGUGCCGCCUCCACCACCACAUCCCGCGAACCAGGCCGAUUCCGAAACGGCCCCACCGCCAGGCCGUUCCGGGGAUGCAGUUGCUGCCUGCGCGGGAGGCUCUUCAAGCUCCUCGACCAUGUUCAGCCCACAUGGAGGAAGGCUACCAGCAAGUGGCCGCGGGAACCCCCCUAGUGGAGGCGGUGCACCGCCUAGCCCAGAAUGUCGAAGAGCCCAGGAGGACGAAGGGUUCGCGGAAGCAACUUUGGGCUCGGGUAGUUUUCAACCCUCCUCCGCGCCGGUUCAGGUGA